CAUAAUGUCAUCAUCAUCUUUCCACUUAUAUCUUUAUUUCCACAUUUCUGUCAAGGUUUGACGCAUAAUCUCAACUAAGUAGGUAGAGAGAAUCACGAAACAGAGCUCAAAGAUAUGACUUCACGAACGAAGGGAAAGACGGCAAUGGAAGUUGGCAGCGAUGGCGUUGCCAUAGUAACAAUCAUCAACCCUCCCGUCAACUCGCUAUCGUUCGACGUGCUAGACAACCUCAAAAGUAACUACGAGGAAGCAUUGAGCAGAAACGAUGUUAAAGCUAUUGUUAUUACUGGUGCAAAGGGGAAGUUCUCUGGUGGAUUUGAUAUAUCUGGUUUUGGUGAAGUUCAGAAAGGGACUAGGAAAGAGCCAAAGGUUGGAUACUUAUCAAUUGACAUCCUAACCGAUUUGUUUGAAGCUGCAAGGAAACCUUCUGUCGCUGCCAUUGAUGGGCUUGCCUUGGGAGGAGGGUUAGAACUUGCCAUGGCUUGCCAUGCGAGGAUAUCAACUCCUGGUACACAGUUAGGUCUGCCCGAGCUGCAACUCGGUGUUAUUCCUGGGUUUGGAGGCACACAACGUCUUCCACGUCUUGUUGGUCUCACAAAAGCCCUUGAAAUGAUUUUGACAUCUAAGCCGGUCAAAGCCGAGGAAGGUCAUUCAUUAGGUCUUGUUGACACCGUCGUGCCACCUGCCGAGUUACUAAACGCUGCUCGUCGCUGGGCACUUGACAUAGCCGAGAGGAGAAAACCGUGGGUUUGUAGUGUUUCAAAGACUGAUAAGUUACCUCCUCUCGGAGAGGCAAGGGAAAUACUGAAGUUUGCCAAGGAGCAGACACGCAAGCAAGCCCCCAACCUGAAACACCCCUUAAUGUGCCUCGAGGCUGUUGAAGUGGGUAUUGUUUCUGGUCCGAGGGCUGGUUUAGAAAAGGAGGCUCAAGUGGGCUCGCAAGUGGUCAACCUGGAUACCACCAAAAGCUUGAUUCAUGUCUUCUUUUCUCAGCGAGGAACCACAAAGGUUCCUGGAGUUACUGAUCGUGGGUUGGUGCCAAGGAAGAUUAAAAAGGUAGCCAUUAUCGGAGGAGGGUUGAUGGGAUCUGGAAUAGCCACUGCAUUGAUCCUCAGUAACUACACAGUGAUUCUUAAGGAGGUAGACGACAAGUUCCUGGAGGCUGGAAUUGGCAGGGUCAAAGCUAAUCUUCAGAGCCGUGUAAAGAAAGGAAGGAUGUCUCAGGAAAAAUUUGAGAAAACAAUGUCACUCCUUAAGGGAUCUCUUGACUAUGAAAGCUUUAGGGAUGUGGACAUGGUCAUCGAGGCUGUCAUUGAGAAUAUAUCUUUGAAGCAGCAAAUAUUCUCGGAGCUAGAGAAGUACUGUCCUCAACAUUGUAUCCUUGCUAGCAACACAUCUACCAUUGAUUUGAACAAAAUCGGGGAGCGGACCAAGUCUCAGGAUCGGAUUAUCGGAGCACAUUUUUUCAGUCCAGCACAUGUCAUGCCACUGCUUGAAAUAGUUCGGACCAAUCAUACCUCUCCUCAAGUAAUUGUUGACUUGUUAGAUGUUGGGAAGAAGAUUAAGAAAACGCCAGUGGUGGUUGGAAACUGCACGGGGUUUGCAGUUAAUAGGAUGAUGUUCUUCCCAUACACACAGGCAGCUAUGUUCCUUGCUGAGCGUGGAACAGAUCCGUAUCUAAUCGACAGAGCAGUCAGCAAGUUUGGUAUGCCGAUGGGUCCCUUCAGAUUGUGCGACCUGAUUGGAUUCGGUGUGGCGGUUGCAACCGCAACACAGUUCGUCGAGAACUUCCCGGAGCGGACAUACAAAUCAAUGAUCAUCCCACUCAUGCAGGAGGACAAGAGAGCUGGUGAAGCACCACGUAAAGGUUUCUAUCUUUAUGAUGAUAAGCGCAAGGCUAAACCUGAUCCUGAAAUAAAGAAAUAUAUCGAAAAGGCAAGGAGCGUGUCAGGAGUGAACAUUGACUCUAAGUUGGAGAAACUGUCUGAAAAGGAAAUUAUCGAGAUGACGUUGUUCCCUGUAGUGAACGAGGCGUGUAGAGUUUUUGAAGAAGGUAUUGCUGUCAAAGCAGCAGACCUUGACAUCGCUGGUAUAAUGGGAAUGGGGUUUCCACCUUACAGAGGAGGAAUCAUGUUCUGGGCUGAUUCCAUUGGAUCAAAAUACAUUCACUCAAAGCUAGAUGAGUGGUCCAAGACUUAUGGUGAUUUCUUUAAGCCUUGUGCUUUCUUGGCUGAAAGGGGAUCUAAAGGAGCUCCUCUGAGCGCCCCCUUGGAACAAGCCAGAUCGCGAUUGUAAUGUCAGUGAAACUUUUUCUUGGUUGCUUGCAUCUAUUGUGUUUCCUUUACGACCACAUUUACUUGCCAGAAACUGUGAUCUUUGGCCUGCACUGCAGAGAUUUUUAAAAAUAUUAGUCUCAUCUCAAACAGAUAAAUCUGGGAGAAAGUAGAAAGUAAGUCUGUGUAGCAGUAAGAUUUGUGUAUGUUAUGUAUAAUGCUUUGCAAUACAAAGGCGUCAGAUACAUUUUGCUAUAAAGCUCUAUGAUGGAGUAAGUUUUAUGAUUUAUUGAUAAUUUCGUGA